AUGGAGGAGCAGCGGGAUCUGAACAGCACAGAUAGUAGCGAGGGAGAGAGUGUCUCCCCGUCUCCGAGCCUGCCCUCGCCGCCCAUACUGCCUCUGCAGGUCGCCCAGCAGGCCCACAGAACCACCAACUUUUUCAUCGACAAUAUUCUGCGACCGGACUUCGGCUGCAAGAAGGAGCACGGCCUGGGCUCGCGGGAGAGGGCGCAGACCUCCGGCCGGGAGCGUGUCCACUCGGUGGUCAGCAGGCCAAGCCUUCCCGGGACGCCGUGCCAGGACUCCAACUGCAGCAGUGACAGCACUUCUUCCUCCACAUCCUCCACCUCUUUGACGAGUCCCAAAAAGAGCAACGGCAGCGGCGGCGGAGCCACAGCCGCCGCCGUCUCCACUGGGAGCAGCGGCUUGAAAGCCGAGGAGAGGACUGGCGGAGGGGCUGGGGAGAACACGUCCUCCUCGCUUGUGGUGCUGAACGGCACCGGGGCGCCCACACCGGAGACCCAGCCGCUUCUCUGGCCUGCCUGGGUCUACUGCACCCGGUACUCGGACAGGCCCUCAUCUGGCCCAAGGACACGGAAACUGAAAAAGUCGAAAAGCGGCAAAGAGGACAAACGGCCGCGCACGGCCUUCACGGCAGAGCAGCUGCAGAGACUGAAGACGGAGUUCCAGGUGAACCGCUACAUCACAGAGCAACGGCGGCAGUCUCUGGCCCAAGAGCUCAAUCUCAACGAGUCCCAGAUAAAAAUCUGGUUUCAGAACAAGCGGGCUAAAAUAAAAAAAGCCAGCGGCUUCAAGAACGGGCUGGCGCUGCAGCUGAUGGCGCAGGGACUGUACAACCAUUCCACCACCACCAUCCAGGAAGACAAGGAGGACAGUGACUGA